AUGAGACGGCCCUCUCUUUCCCCGCCCUGCAUCCUGGCUCGUGGUUCACCAUGUCCGUCAUCACGGUUCCCCGCCAUCCCCGCAUGCGCCCGAGUGACUGGUGGUGCCCUACAUAAAGGCCUCCGAGACGCCCGCCGAGCUCCUGUCAGCUCGCGGCCACGCUGUAUUCAGACUCUAGCUCCAGUCCCGAGGCCCACCGUCUCCCGUGCUGUUCCAACACCUGUUCUGCCGCCGUCGACGCCCUCGUCCUUGUCAAGCAUCCGCCAUCUCUCGUCAACCUCGACCAUGGCCGGCCUCUCGGUGGACCUGACGGCCCCCAAUGGGAAGAAGAUCACUCUUCCCACCGGGCUCUUCAUCAACAACGAAUUCGUCAAGGCAUCAUCCGGCGACAAGAUUGCGAGCAUCAACCCUUCGAAUGAACAGGUCAUAUGUGAGGUAGAAGCCGCCUCGGCCGAAGAUGUUGACAAGGCGGUCAAGGCCGCCCGCGCGGCACUCAACCAUGAGUCCUGGAGCGAUCUACCAGGCACCGACAGAGGAAUUCUGAUGAACAAGCUGGCCGACCUGGUCGAGGCCGACAAGGAGAUAUUGGCCACCCUCGAGACCUGGGACAACGGAAAGCCCUACAGCGUCGCAUUGGAAAGUGACCUUGGCGAAGUCAUCUCCUGCCUUCGUUACUAUGCCGGCUGGGCCGAUAAGAUCUUUGGCCAAACCAUCCCAACUACGCCCCAGAAGUUUGCCUACACCCUUCGGCAGCCCAUCGGUGUAUGUGGCCAGAUUAUUCCGUGGAACUUUCCUCUAGCCAUGGCAGCCUGGAAGCUGGGACCUGCCUUGGCUGGGGGAAAUACCCUGGUCCUCAAGCCGGCCGAGCAAACCCCCCUUUCCAUUCUAUACCUGGCGAGCCUCAUCCCGAAGGCUGGCUUCCCCCCCGGUGUGAUCAAUAUCGUGAACGGAUACGGCAAAGACGCCGGUCACGCCCUGGCGAGCCACCUUGACGUGGACAAGAUUGCCUUCACCGGUUCUACCGCCACUGGCAAGCUCCUCAUGAAAACGGCCUCUAUCAACAUGAAGAAUAUCACGCUGGAGACGGGUGGAAAGUCGCCGAUUGUGGUGUUCGACGACGCUGAUGUCGAGCAGGCUGCCAAGUGGGCGCAUCUUGGUAUCAUGUUCAACUCCGGCCAGGUCUGUACGGCAACCUCUCGGAUCUUGGUCCAGGAAGGCAUUCAUGACAAGUUUGUUGAGGCGUUCAACGAGCUCGUCAAGACCUCCAACAAGGUCGGUGAUCCAUUUGAGGAGACCACGUUCCAGGGCCCCCAGAUCACCAAGGCGCAGUACGACAAGAUCCUCAGCUACAUCGAGACGGCAAAGUCCGAGGGGGCAACCCUCGCAGCCGGCGGUGUGCCACAUACGGGAGUCGGGCAGGGUAAAGGGUACUUCAUCGAGCCCACCGUCUUCACCAAGGUCACCAGCUCAAUGAAGAUCUAUCGUGAAGAGAUCUUCGGCCCAUUUGCGAGCAUCGCGUCCUUCAAGACAGAGGCCGAGGCGAUCCAAAUGGCCAACGACACUACGUACGGCCUGGGCGCUUCCGUCUUCACGUCGGACAUCGAGCGUGCCCAUCGAGCGGCCGCCAAGAUCCAGAGUGGCAUGGUCUGGGUCAACUCUUCAAACGACUCGGAUUUCCGCGUACCUUUCGGCGGUGUUAAGCAAAGCGGUAUCGGCCGGGAGUUGGGCGAGGCUGGCCUUGCCGCCUACACCCAAGAGAAAGCUGUGCAUAUCAACCUCGGGCAAAAGCUGUAA